AAAUAAAAAAAAAAGAGAGAUGUCUCAAUAUUUAACUACUUAGUCGGCAAACUGCAAUGUGUUUCUAAGAUUGAGUUUGAGACAUUGGCAAAGAACAUAGUAGAUGCCGUGAAAAGUGUUUCGAAUCCAGAAGUUGAAGGUGUGUGACUUUAGCUACAGAAUGAAAAGGACUAGACUGAGGCUCUAAGUUGCACACAGUUUAACAAAUGGAUUCAGCACCUUUGUCAAUGGUAUAUAGAAGUGAAAAACAGCUGCCAAAGUUGAAUGUAGCCUUCCAAGAAUUUUACAAGCAUGAAGAGUUCUGCGACAUCACCCUCGUAACGAAUACUAAACGCCUGCGGGCUCAUCGUGUUGUUCUGGCUGCAUUUAGUCCCUACUUUUAUCAAGCAUUUUCGCAACAAAAUAACUAUCUGUCAGAUUUCAACUGCCAUCGUUUGGAUGAAGGAAGUUUGAAGGGUCUGUUGGACUUCUGUUAUUCUGGAGUGAUAACCGUUGAUUCAGUAUCAGCAGAGAAACUGUUAUCUGUUGCCACAGUGUUACAAAUAAAAGAAGUGGAGAAAUUAUGCCAGACCUUUUUGCGGGCACAUCAGGCAUUUGUGUGUGAGAUUGCCUCAGAGAUACAGGAGAAGAAUGCUUCACCCUCUCCUAAGGGAAGGAGCUCUAGUGAGCUGUUUUUUGUAGAAAGCUCUGGUCGCUUCAGCCCAGGAACCAGUCCUAACGUCUCUACUUCUGGCAGACCCGUGUCAGAAACUAGUUCAGUGGAGACUCCAGACCUUGAAAUAGUCAAACAAGAACACUUAGAACCAGUAGCCAGAGAAGAGCAUGCCAGAGAAGAACUUGUGUCACCAGGCACCCUGGCCAAGAGAAUGCAAUACCUGCCAAACCCUGGUCUGAACAUAAUUGACAUGACCCAGUUAUCUCCAACUUAUCUAGGACAUCCCUAUCCUCGACCUCUGCUGUUUCCCCGACCUUCCCCUCAGCCUUUUCAUCUCUUUGCUCCUAAACCAAGAGAAAAGAAUAAAUCAGAAAGCAGCAGUACAUGCACUGAAAUUGAUCAAAACAGAGAAGAUGAACGUCAUGGCCAAAGCUCUAUCCUGUCUGUGGAGCCUAGCUUUCCCCAAAAACCUGCAGAAUCUGUUGGAUUAAGCCAGUCUAGUUUAGGGGAGCAGCACUCUCCCUCUGAGAUAGAAACCCCAGGGCUCUAUCAUACAUGCUCUAUAUGUCAACAAAAGUUCAACAGCAGUAAAGCUCUUGGUAUUCACAUGGUGCUUCAUGACAGAGGUCAUCCAUCCUUUAUACCAAAGAGGAACAGGAAGUCCACCUUUCCUCAGAAGCAUGAACAUACCAGUAGCGAGUUUGGGAGUACCUCAGGCGAACUCUUCACCUGCAGUACUUGUGGUAAGAGCUUCAAAGACAACAGAUCCCUGAAAUUUCACAGAUACAACCACAUUCUGCGCCAUGUGUGUCCUAUCUGUGGAAAGCGAUUCUCUCGCAGCUGGAAUCUGCAGCGACAUAAGAAGUCGCAUUUCAAAGUUGGCAUGUCUGGAUGGCAGCUGACAUCUGAAAAUUCAGAAGAUUUAACACGAUCUGAAGAAGAGGGGGAGACACUCAAUUCUUCCUUCACUGAUGAAGAGGUUCAGAUGUCCUCUAGUCAUGUAGCAGACGAGCCUGUAGAUCUGACAGAUACAGGCAAAUCUGAGAGAUCUGAAAAUGGGCCUCCUUAGGUAUUUCUUUGGUUCAGAUGAGGCUUGUUAGAUCUGUCAUUGAUGAGUUUGAUAUUGAUAUAUCAUCUUUUCAUAUAUUGGUACAUUUAUUUUAUAAUUACUACUGUGGAGAAUCAAUUUCAGAUUAAGAGGAUGUCAGUCUGAUCAGACUGAGUUAUAUUUAUAUGAAACUGUAAUAGUCCAUCAUUAUUUGUUUUGUUCUUAGCUCUACUGGUCAGAGACCAAAACAUUACUCCUCCUACAGUUUGGGUCCACUUCAAACAAGACCUGGUACACAAGAUACAUAAUUCUUUAUAUCGUUUUUUUUAUUUUAACAGAAAGCAUUGCUAUAUGUACUAAAAAUUGAAAAUUCUUUGAAAUUCUUUCAAACGCUACUCCUCCUUCUAUGGCUAUGGUCCAAUUUCAAUAAGACUUAGUGUAUAUAGACUAUACUACUACACAUAAUUCUAUAUAUAGAAUGUAUAUAUUGCCAUGGAUACUAAAAAUAGAUUUUUUUAAAAAAUUCUUUGAAAAUACUACUCCUACUGUUUUGGUCUGUUUAGACAUUUUACACAAGUAGACUAUACUAAGAUACAUCUUUAUUAUACAUGCAAGUAGAGCUACAAUCUCAUCAGAGACUUGAUGGAAAUGAAAUUUCAACAAAUUUUUUUUGCCUUAUGGAGGAAAAUUUGAGAUAAAUCUUUUUUGCAGAGGAAAAUAUAGUAAAAUCAAUAUGAUGAUUUAUUAACUUUAUAGAUACAUACAUUCUUUAGCUGAUCAUGUGAUCAUGCAGUUAUAUGUCACGUGACCACAUCCUUCCAAUCCUUAAAUAUUUGCAAGCUCACAUCUUCAUUUAAUUAAAAUAUGUCUUAGUACCUGUGGUUAACCGUUUAAAUUUAGUGAUCUAUCAAUAAAUUAAUACUUUUUCUGAAUUGAUAUAUCAAUGUCAAAUUUCUCAUCUUCGACAGUUUUUUUGUGCAAUGGAUUGUGUCUUCUGUUGAAACUAUCUUUGUUGACCAGCAAUGUGAUAGUUACAAAUUCAUAUUUUGUAUACUGGUGUAUUAUCCAAGGUUCUACAUGUAUGUAAUUUUCAUACAGGAAAGAUUUAUUUGAUGUGGAUUAUAUAGUUAACUAUGGCUGGUACCAUAUUUUAAUCAGACUUUCUCAUUACAUGAAUGGAAUUAAAAUUUAUCUGAAAAUCUUGAACCAUGUAAUGAAGGAUUAUUUAUACAUGUAUUUAUAAAUAAAUCACUGUAACAGUAUGCUUAAAUGCAGGAAUGGAAAUACAUGUACUGGACUAUAUAUGUCUUAUGAUGCGACUUCUAAGCACAUUGUGUAAACUUUGCUCUGAAUUGAGCUCUUGUUGACAAUUUGAUCUAUGGAUGCUGUAUGGGCAGAUAUCUGUCAAUAUUGUAGGCAUCCAUGAAUACUCUCUGGACAGAUAUUUGUUGUCUUAUACAUCUGUGAUUGCUGUAUGGGUAGAUAUCUGUUUACAGCAUUUAAAAAUGCUCUAUGGGCAGAAUAUAUGUUGUCUGAGGCAUUUUUGAAUGCUCUUUGGGCAGAUACAGUAUCUUUUGUUUUAGACAACGAUGAAUGCUGUAUGGGGGAGAUUGUUGUUGUUUUAGGCAACUUUAAAAUGCUCUAUAUGCAGAUGUAUGAGCAGAUAUCUCAUCUAUGAAUGUUCUAUGGGCAGAUAUCUGUUGUUUUAGGUUCCUUGCUGAUGUUGUCAGAGUUAUACAUCUUGUUAAAUAUUGUACAGAGAUAAGAAAGUCACUAUAAGUAUAUUAUUGUUGAAUGGCAAAUUUACAUCAUUGUUGAGCGAUACAUUUAAUUUACCUGUAAUCGUGUUGACAGUUUUCAUAUUCUAAGCGUUGUUAGUGUAUAUAGUUUUAGUAUAUAUAUAUGUUGUUGAAAUCAAUACAUUGUUUUGCCAGGUUGAAAUAUUUAUGUUUGUUAUGGGAGUAUAUAUUGUUAUUUUUAUCAAUAAACCUUAGC